AUGAAGCUCGACCUGCCCAUCACUUCUAGUGGGACAUAUGGAUGUGUGGAUACCAUUAUGGCAGAUGACGAGACCGGACCCCUCGCUGUUGUCCCAGCCGGAAACCAGACGCAUAUUGAGAGCGGGGAUAAUAACUCCCCUAAAAGAGCCAAACUUGUCCGCGGCCUGCAGAAAACUGCGGAUAAGUACUUACAACGUCACUUUGAAGCAAAUGACCCACAUACUGAAGAGCUACACGAGCGCGUGCAUAUAGCACUCCGAGCUGCCAUGCUGGGGGUUAAUAUUGAUGGCAUGGAACCGCGCCCAAAGACCGCACAUCACACUCAGUCCACAGAGGGCGAGCCAACAAUAGUUCAAAUGACAAACAAGUACAUCAUACCUCCCGCAAUGGCACGAGCCAUCGUGAACUGUUUGGCCAAGGGACUACAGUCACUCAGAAAUACACUGAGCGCAAAAUCGAAGGUAUUAGAUUUGGGCGAACUUUAUCCUGGCACAAUGCCAGGAGGAUUAGAUGUCCGCGUCAUUCUCUGA